AUGUCUUCAUCGCCGCCCAACCCGUCUCUUCUGCUGCCGGUCACCUCAUCGCCGGAGGCGACCACCACGACCGUCGCCCCGCUCCUGCCCGUGCCGGGAUCCUCCGUCGCGCCUGCCCCCGCCGUCCUCACCCCGGAGGUGUCCGGGGCGCUGCAGGACCUAACCCAGGCGGUCCAGGAGAUCCGCCUAUUCUUGGCCGGGUCCUACGCGCCGCACCGCGCCACCGUGGCUGCCGCCGCACCAGGCAGCCUCCGCCGGGGGCCGCUGCAGCAGCCACUGCAGCUGCCAUCCACCGCCCCGCCCUGGCUGCCGUGGCAGCCGCCGCACCAGGCGGCCUCCGCCGCCCUCGCCGGGCCGCUGCAGCUGCCAUCCACCGCCUCGCCCUGGCUGCAGUGGCAGCCGCCGCUCCUGGCGGCCUCCGCCGCGCCCCGCGCUCCGCCGCAGCAGCCGCUGCAGCUGCAGCAGCCACCGCCGGUCAGCUCCGGCCCCGCAUCGACCGCGCCGGCGGGAGUCCCGAUCCACCAGAUCAAGUUCCCGCCGUCGCCAUCACCGCUUCCCCAGGGCGUCCCCAUCCAGCAGAUCAAGUUCCCGCCAUCGCCCCGUCACCGCUUCCGGCUUGGAUCACUACCAGCCACGUGUCGGCGGCGGUGA